AUGAAUCCCAAAGGUACUCCUACGACAAUUUGCCAAAGCUUCGGUUUACCUGUAUCUAUUCUGAAGAAGAGCCCUUACCGAUCGGAAAUGGGCUGUAUUCCAGAGGUGCCCAAUGACCUUGACCGGUUAGAAUACUUAGCGAAGCUCAAUUUGUUGUCCACAGACAUUAAAUGUCUUCCGGAUAACAUAUGUUUAUUGAAACAUCUGAGAUCUUUCAAACUUGAAUCUUGUCUGCUUCUUGAAGAGUUACCCAAGGAUCUUGGCCAAUUAAAAUGUUUGGAGAAGCUAAGUUUGUUGUCUACAGGCAUUAGACGUCUUCCAGAUAGCAUAUGUAUGUUGAAAUGUUUGAGAUCUCUCAAAGUUAAAUCUUGUUUGCUUCUUGAGGAGGUACCCGAGGCGCUUGGCCAAUUAGUAUGCUUAGAGAAGCUAAACUUGUUUUCUUCACGUAUUAGGAGUCUUCCAGGUAGCAUUUGUAUGCUGAAACAUCUGAAAUCUCUAGAUCUUGAAUCUUGUGGACUCCUUGAGAAGUUACCCGAGGAUAUUGGGCAAUUAGAAUGUUUAGAGAAGCUGAUCCUAAAAAAGUGUGCAUCAUUAGAAGAUAUUCCAAAUAGCAUCUGUAAGAUGAAACGUUUGAGAUGUUUCCAUCUCCCCUUUUGUCAUCAGGUGGAGAAAUCACCGAGGAACUUGGAAGUUUAG